AUGGGAAAGGGUGGGGCAAGGGCUCUGCAGGAUGAAAAGGUGCUCCUAGCGGAGUUGGGGAAAUUGUUUCACAUGGCACGGGCAAACGUUCGCGAGCAGCGCAAUACACAAAGGGCGGAAGCGAAGAGGCAAAAGGCACCCACCACGACGGCGGCGCGUGCGAAGAGGACUGCUGCGGCUGGGGCGAAGGGCGGCAACCUCACGGAGGGGCGACCACCGAGGACAGGCUCGAAAAGGUCUCGGAAGAGCACCCGUGGGGGCACAGUGUGGGUAGUGCUGAAGGGCGGCUUCACACGCGUGCCAACGUCGGAGAAGGCUCAGGCGAUUGCGCACAACACCGCGUUUCGUGGCCGCCUUUCGGAGCGUCGUCGGGUCCAGGCGCUUGAGCGGGCGGAGGAGUACAUCCAAACCGCGUGGCAGCAGGCGCAGGAGGCAGGGCUUCUCCUUGACGAUGGCAGUGGACCCAAUGGGGACGAGGGCCUGCAGUACCUUCGUGAGCAGUACGAGGUUGCGGCAGGAAUGCUUCGUCGUGAGCCGGUGGGCGCAUUCCUAAAGAAAAUUGUUGCUCAGACGAUUCCUAGUUAUGCCACGGUGCCCGCUGAGGCCACAACGCCGGCGGCUGCUUCGCUAGCCAGCGCGGCGGCACCUAUGCUACUCACGCGGGACGAAUGGGCAGACGUCAUUGCAAGAGAAACACUUAUCUUGAAGCGUUUUGCCCCGUCAACAAGCACGGAAGAGGAUACUGGCGAAGCCGUGCUCCAUGAGGCGGCACAAGUGCCUUCGCGCUACUACUUCCCCAUCGCUGAGCCUUUGGCGCCACUUGAGGCGGCCUUAGCGGAGACGACGGUGGGGUAUCGCGACACUGGUAGCGAUGCCCCUGGCGGAGAGCAGGCGCGGGAUGUGCUGCCGACCAAGUGCAUUGUGCGCAUUCGAGGAAGUGGGAAACAAAAGCACACCGCCAUCCUUGCCUCCACGAAGGCUGUGAAUUACCUUAAGUCAAACCUUAUGCAGGUGAUCCGUAAGGAGCUCAGCGGCUCGAAACUUCCCCGCGGGGAAGAUGUUGUGGAGGGCAAGCUGCAUCAACCGCACCAGCAACAGGCGAGCCACGGUGCGGUGGCUGAGAACGCCGCCAUGGGCUCGUCGAAGAAGAAUUCCAGAAGACGACAUAAAUGA